GCGCUAUGGGGCUGAGCCUCCUCUUCCUUGCCCUGCUGGCCGCGCUGGUCUCCUGCGAGGAGCCGGAAGGAGUCCAGGAUACCUACUGGUCUGGCACAGCGCCCAUCUGCCUGGGGGGCUGCAAGGGGAAGCACAAGGAGCUGAAGAGGAGCCAGUGUGGGAACGGCAGCUGCUGCUGGCUGGGCUACAAGUCCUUCUGCCGAGUGAACUGCGGGCGGCCCGAAGCGGACUUCAACUCCGUGGUGUACGGCAACGACUGGUGGGUGGGCUCGGUGGUGCGCUACAGCUGCCGGCCCGGCUUCCUGCUCCUGGGGGACCCGGCCAGCGCCUGCCAGUCCGACGGCCGCUGGACCCCUAAGCCCACCUGCCUCCGGAUCUGCCUGCGAGGCCGGAUCGAGAUCAACGAGCGGGACAUCACCGGGAGGUGCUCCUCCUCCUGCAGCACCCAGGCUCACCUGGGAGCCUUCCUCAACCACGGCUGCAUCAAGAUCUCGGCCUGCGUCACCAAGCAGUCGGGCUGGGCCCGCUGGUUCCAGCGCUGCGACGUCUGCGAGUGCGACUGCCACGUCCCGUGCGCUUCCUCGGGGUAGAGCCGAGCUGGCCGGGGCUGCAGGAUCUGAUUCUGCUCCGGAAGGGACCUCUGCCUCAGACUGGUGCUGCCUUCCCUUAGCCGGUCUCCAUCACUGGGCCCCUUCCCCAGCUCCGUCCGCCACGAGGCUGUCAGUGAGGAGCGGAGAGAGCCACCAGGACUUGCCCCUCUUGCGGGGCUGCCUUCCCGCCUGGCCCCCUUGCACGGACCCUCCAGCGCCAGGGGAUGCUCGGUGAGCAGCGGGCGCUGCGCUCGCCUCCCGCAACUGGGCCCAGGCCGCCGGGCAUCUCCGCUUCCCCAGCUCUGUCCUCGAGCGGGCUCGGCCCCCAUUUCAGGGGGAGGUAGCGUGUCUGCUUGUGCUCCGCGUUGCAGGAUUGUUUAUCGCAUCCAUGCUGUGGGUUGUGACUUCUCCCUGCCGGGUAGUUCCUGCACCUGCAGCUGGGCCCGCGCUUGCUGCCGCCUGUGCGAGCCGGGUGUGCGGGCUGUGCCAGCAGCCGGUGUGCACGCAGCUGGCCCCGCGCUCCUCUCUGCCACCCGUGCAGGGCCGAACGGGCCCCCGGCCCAGGUAAACGUGUGUCUGCACCCAGCAGUGCUGAGGAAUAA